UCGGAAAUUUAAAAAAUGCAGUUUUGUACAAUUUCCAUUUCAGUGCUGGCAGUGACCAGUCUGCUCCUAAGCACAGGGGUUGCUCCAGAGAUGGUUGUCACCUGUGAUGUCGACACUGUCCAUCGCCUGAGCUGUGAUGAUAUCGGAGUGAUCAGCGUGCAGGCAGCACUGUAUGGACGUGCAGACAGUGAGACCUGCAGUGAGGGGAGACCCCCGAGUGAGCUUGCCAAUACGCUGUGCUCUCAGGAUGGCACAGCGGACGUCCUCAAGAGAAGGUGUGAUGGGAAAAGGGUUUGUGAAGUAAGCGUGAAUGUCUUCGGAACACCUGACCCCUGCGUCGGCACCUUUAAAUAUCUACAGACCAACUACACCUGCCUCCCCGCAAUUCACCAUGUGACAUGUCAGCACUCUUUGGCCCACCUGCACUGUGAUGAAGGGCAGGUCAUAUCAGUCUACGGUGCCACUUAUGGACGCUACGACCAGACCACGUGCACCUACAGACGGCCUGCCUCUGAGAUCCAAAACAUCGACUGCUCACAGCCCGCCAGCAUUGUUUCUGACAGCUGCAAUGGGAAAAACAGCUGUAUUAUCAAAGUGGACAGCUCGAUGUUUGAAGACCCCUGUGUCGGCACUUACAAGUACCUGGAGGUGGCUUACAUAUGUGAAUGUAAGAAGCUGAUGCGAGUCUGGGGUCUGUCAGAGAGGGUCAUCACAUGUACCGGCGGCAGCAAUGUCCAGCACCUGAGCUGCGAUAUCGGAGUGAUCGGCGUGCAGACAGCACUGGAUGCGGAGAGCCGGCCAGGGCGCGGUGUCAAGGAGCACGGUCUGAUGGUGGACACGGGAGCGACUUCAAACAUAAUCACAGAUAUUGCAAAGUUCAAGAAGUUCGACGACAAGUUCCAGGCCGAGACACACUGCGUGGAGUUGGCUGAUGGCACAAGACCAGGCAGUAUAAAUACAGGUGUGUCGGUUCUGGUAACCAUCAAUCCCGGUUCACCUCUGCCUGGAUCUUCUAAAAUCAUGCUCAGCUUCAGACUCAGCACCACACUGUUGCUGGCAGCAACAUGUUCAGUCAUAACAGCAGGUAAAUAUCUGAGUGGUUUCAUUAAGGAUGAUGGUUGAACGCAUUUUCCACGUACAUGAUGCGGCUUGAACACAACUAAUAAUUUCACAUCCUUUAUUUGGGUCCUUUCCACAGAGAGGGUCAUCACAUGUACCGGCGGCAGCAAUGUCCAGCACCUGAGCUGCGAUAUCGGAGUGAUCGGCGUGCAGACAGCACUGUAUGGACGUGCAGACAAUGAGACCUGCAGUGAGGGGAGACCCCCGAGUGAGCUUGCCAAUACGCAGUGCUCUCAGGAUGGCACAGCGGACGUCCUCAAGAUAAGGUGUGAUGGCAAGAGGGAGUGUGAACUGAACCUGAACGUCAUUGCUACCUCUGAUCCCUGCCCUGGCACCUCCAAGUACCUGGACAUCCGCUACAGCUGCUACCCAGCAAUUCACUUUGUUACAUGUGAGCACUCUUUGGCAACACUCCAGUGCGAUAUAGGACAAGUCAUUUUUGUGUACGGGGCCGACUUUGGACGCCGUGACCAGACCACCUGCAUUUAUAAGCGGCCCGCCUCUCAGAUUCAAAAUGUCUCCUGCUCAAGGCCCACUGGCAAAGUUGCUGACAGCUGCAAUGGGAAAAACAACUGUACUAUCAGCGCGAGCAACUCAGUGUUUGGAGACCCCUGUGUUGGCACUUACAAGUACCUGGAGGUGGCUUAUACAUGUCAAUAUCCUGGAUUCUUUCCACAGUAGCUUCCAGAGCAAUAACCUGUGUUGAAAUGUAUACACCAAUAAACGUGCAGUGAAUUAAA